GGAUGAAACUUACUAGCUUUUUAAUCGUUUUUAUCUUCAAUUUGAUGUUAUGGACAUUUGUUAAAACUGCUCCAAUUCGAAAAGGGUUAGGUAGCCUUGUUGAAAAGGAUUGCACGGCAAAGGAUCAUUCUAAAAUAUUAAAUGUGGAGGCUGAAUCGUCGGUUAAUCCUCAAAUUCAAAAAUAUAAAGAAACGUUGAAACCAAAAGUAAAAAUUACAAAAAAGGUUACAGAUAAAGGAAAAAACAAAGUGUUUAACAAAAGAGAAUAUUAUAAAGAAUAUUACCAAAAAAAUAAAGAAAAGAUAGAUGAGAAUCAGCGAAACUACGAUAUAAAGAAUAAAAGAAAGAAGAGUCAACAUAUGAGUAUUUACUACCAAAAAAAUAAGGAAAAGUUUGAGAAUCGAAAUAAAAUUUAUUACCAAAAUAAUAAAGAAAAGUUGCAAGAAUACCAACGUAAAUACCGUCAAAAAAAGAAAAACAAUCAAUCUGAUAAUAAUGAAGGAACUUCAUUUGUUAAUCCAGAGACUGAUGAUUUUACUAAUAAAGGUAAAUUACCCGUUGAUUGCGAGGAGGAAGGAAAUCUUUUUAAUCAAGUGGAAGAAGAACGCAAUAAUGGCGAGGAUGAUCAAAAUAAAAACGAAGUGGAAGAACCGAAUAAAUUUCUUAGAGAUGAAACAAAUGACGGGGCUGAAUCGUCGGUUAAUACUCAAAAGCAUAAAUAUAAAGAAACUUUAACAAAAAGGGACACAGAUAAUGGAAAAGAAAAAGUGUUUAACAAAAGUUGA